GGAUACAGAAUUCCCUGGCACUGUGGCGAGACCGGUGGGUCAAUUCUCCAGGGCUACGACAGAGUACAACUAUCAAUUACUCAGGGUGAAUGUAGAUUUAUUAACGAUUAUACAACUGGGAAUCACACUGCACAACGAAAAGGGAGAAGUACCCGAGGAUGUGUGCACGUGGCAGUUUAACUUCGAAUUUAGCCUCAACACACACAUGUACGCCGAGGACUCAAUUAACCUGCUGAAGCGAUCGGGCAUCAAUUUCGAAAAGUGUGAAACGGAAGGAAUCGAUGUCUUUGAUUUUGGGGAACUGCUGAUUGUAUCAGGUUUAGUGUUGAACAACGACGUCCGGUGGUUGUCGUUCCAUGGGUACAUGGACUACGGCUAUCUGCUCAAGAUCUUAACCUGCAGGCCGCUUCCAGAGAAAGAGACCGAUUUCCUGCAAGAGCUGAUGGUCUACUUCCCGAACACCUACGACGUUAAGUAUCUUAUGAAGAGCUGUAAGACUCUCAAAGGCGGUCUACAAGAAGUAGCAGACGACUUGCGCGUGGAACGUAUAGGCCCCCAACACCAAGCGGGCAGUGACAGUUUACUCACGGGCAUUGCCUUUUUUAAGAUGAGAAAGGUUUUUUUCGAGAAUCAGAUCGACGAUGCAAAGUAUCUAAAUCAAGUUUUCGGGCUCGGAACGGCUGUAUAGGAUGUCGAUAGAAACAAAAAAAAAAAGAAGAAAAAAAAAGCUAUAAGGGGGAGACGGUGAGAGCGAAUGUGUAGUACUGGAUGUCGAUGAGAUUACAUACACACCCACUGAUGCAUGCACACGCACACGCACAUGAGCACAGAUCACGUGCGAUACUCCCUGCAUUUAGAAUACGUACUGCUGACCAUGUAAAUGUAAUCAAAAUUGAUUGUAAUACCUGAUAUCCAUUCAAGAAUGAAUAAAUUGAUUUCUUAUAGGCGGA